AUGUCUGCCGAUAUGUCCAUCGUCUCCGCUAAGGACGCCUGCCCGCCUGCUGGCCCCUACUCCCAGGCAAUCCGCGCCAACGGCCAGAUCUUCGUCUCCGGCCAAAUCCCCGCCGACACGUCGGGAAACCUCGUCGAGGGUAACAUCGGCGAGAAGACCCAGGCAUGCUGCGAUAACAUCAAGGCUAUCGUGACUGCGGCAGGAUCCAGCGUGAACAAGAUUGUUAAGGUUAACGUCUUCCUCACUGACAUGGCCAACUUCGCCGAGAUGAACGCCACCUACGAGAAGUUCUUCACCCACAAGCCGGCUCGUAGCUGUGUGGCUGUUGCGCAGUUGCCCAAGGGUGUGCCGGUUGAGAUUGAGUGCAUUGCUCUUGAGUAA